AUGUCGCUCUCGCCCUCCACGUCCGCCGAGUACGACCACCCGACGGCAAAGCGCCGCCGCACGUCCUUCCCCGUCGGCGGCAGCGCUCGCGCCGACGCCAUGGCCAUGUCGCCCGACAACGCGCCGCCGGGCCUGUCCGCGCCGUCCGCGUCGUCAGCAACGCACAUCCCGAAGCGUGGUGCGCGCGCGUGCACCGCCUGCCGUAAGGGCAAGAACAGGUGCGAAGGCGAGGCUCCUUGUCGUCGGUGUCAGCUAAGCGGUACGCCCUGCGUCUUUGAGAAACCAGAGAAGAAAAAUGUCCAGCUCAUGUCUGGCGCAAGCGUCGAACGUCUCUCCCGCUUGGAGGGCCAGUACCUCGUCAUGCAGAGCCAGAUGAUCGGCAUGCAGUCCUCGCUCGACAGGAUCUUGUCCGCCAUCCACGCCCAGAGCCAGCAGACCGCCGCCAUCGUCCAGCACUCCAUCUACGCGAACGGCGCACCGCCCCCCAUGCCUCCGCCGCUGCGCAACAGUGUGGACGUCUAUGGGUCCCCCGGCCCCGUGGACGGCCCGUCGCGGCCUGUGCCCAGGUCCUUCCCGCCCCUGCCCGGCUUCGCGCCACCCCCCCACAAGUACGCGACGUACGGCAUCGUUCCCAGCACGGCGCCUUCUUCCGAGGACGAGUCCGAGGACACGCUCCCCAGGUCGACGUUGAAUGCGCCCAUCGAGGCAUUGCAGGGCCUCGCAAACGCUGCCGCGGAGGCGGCGGCUGUCGCACCAUCUGCGUCACCACCAAGGGUCAAGAAGCGCAAGAAGGCAGAACCUACGCCUCGCAACGCGUUUCCCCAUGUUGUCGAAAAGAACCUCGUCUCUGACGCAGAAGCCCGCGAACUCUAUACUAUCUUCUUCUCCGGAUGCCACUUCUUCAUACCCUGUUUCGACCCCAGCUACGACACAUAUGAGGCGCUCAUGGAGCGCACGCCUUGGACGUUCGACUCGAUCCUGGCCGUCGCGAGCAAGAUCCGCAGCGGGACGGGCGCGCUGAGCCCCACGUUCUACAAGUGCCUCGAGGAGGCGCAGGGCAUCGCGCGGUCGUCGCUGUUCGGGCCUGUCGUGCGUAAAGAGGCGGUGCAGGGCAUGCUGUUGCUCGCGGCGUGGAGCACGAAUGGCUGGCUGCCCAGCGGCCACGCGAUGCGCAUGGCGCUCGACCUUGGGUUGCAUCGUGCGCUCGAGAAGCUCGCUGACCACGAGAGCGCGAAGAAGCGCACGGAGGAAGAGGAAUCCACAGUCGUGUCUGCUCGGAUAUGGCUGUGCCUGUAUUGGUUUGACCACCAGAUGAGCUUGGGUACUGGGCGCCCAAUCGUCUUGCGCGACGAGAGCUCUAUCAACCACUGCCGGCUCCUCCUCUCGCAUCCCAUGGCCUCGCCAACGGACGUGCGCCUUGUCUCACAGGUUGAGUUGAUCGCGCAAAAAACACAAAUCUACGAGACCCUGACACCGCUCAAGGGCGAGGUCAACCACAACACGCUCAACUUCAUCCGCCGCGCCAACGUUGCGCUCGACAAGUGGUGGGAGGACUGCGACCAUUUGCACCACCAGAGCAUGGACGAGGAAGCCCUGCCCCGCAAGAUCCUCAUCGGCGAGCUGCACUAUGCGAAGCUGUGGCUCGUCUGCGUCGCCUUGCGUGGCGUCUCCUGGGACAAGAUGCCGUUCGAGCAGCGCGAGCUCGCGUUCCAGGCAAAAGACGCGGCGUUCAGCUGCCUGUCGAACCUGCUCAACUCGCCUACAUACAGGGCUGCGCUGCGCUACGCGGUGCAUGACAGCCUGGUGACGGCAGCGUUCUCAGGCCUGUUCCUGCUCAAGAUGGCCAGCCUCUUUCCGGCCGAGCUGGAUCUCCCCGCGAUCACGGCGCAAGUCGAGCAGCUCGCGGAGCUGCUGUCGGAAGUGGCUGCAGAGAGGUACGCGCUGACCCUCCGCGUCAUGCUCGCCAAUCUCAGGCGCAAAAUCGGGCCCGUCAUCCCCGCGCCGCCCGGCGCCCCGGACAUGAUGGCCCCACCGCCGUUCGCGGACCCGAACGGCCUGCCGCAGUUCCAGUUCACGCUGGAAGAGCUGGGCAUGGGCCCGGGGACGCUGCCGGACAACCGGGCGCUGUUCAGCCCCUCGGCGAUCCCGCUCUGGCUGCAGGAACAAAACCUGACGGACCUCGGGCUGCCAUCGAACGGGUCGGACGGCAUUUUCCUGCAGAUGGGCAAUGGCAGCGGCUGGAAUGGUGACUUUCCUCCGAUGCCUGAGGCCUGGUGACGACUAUUGACUCUGUGAGCUCUCAAGAUGAUCUGUUGUAACCUUCGCAGCGGGCGGCGGCGCUGGGCCCGUCUCUGUUGCAACCCUCGCGCGUUCUGUACCAUUACUACGCUAACGUUGCAUUGUAUAUCCGUGUGUCCGGACGUUCAUGGUUUCUUCAGUGUGUACACAAACUUUCCUCGGCGUCAAUCGAACCGUCUUUCUAAUAUAUUUGAA